CAUUCGUUCCUUUUGAGUUUGGUCGUUGCACAGAAUGAACUCCAAAUGAUUUGGUGCAACUCUAAAUUGCACUCUAAAGCGUAAACAAUCAGCAGAAUCAGCAGCCUUUUGCAAUUUGUUGCUCUCGAUGGCCACCUGGACACAAAACGCACCGACAGGUGUCAGCAAAAGGCGGCGCUGGAAUCUCGAAGACCGAGCCUCACUGAACAAAUUGAAGGAACACAUUGCCGAAGAGGGAUGCCCUCAAGUGCAGUAUGAUUUGGGCAAGAAGCUGCUGGAGAAUGCCAUCGAGCCCAACGUAGCCAAUGAGAGCCAGAAGGCGGUGCAUUGGCUGGUCAGCGCUGCUCAGCAGGGACACGAGGAGGCACAGCGUCUGCUGCGCAAAUGCUACAAUGCCGGCAAUGGCAUUACAGCCGAGAAUGCGGAUGAGGUGCGGAGCUGUCUGGCCAUGACGCCCGGCGAGCGCGCAGCCCGCAAAGCGGCCCGUGAACUCUUCGCUUGCCUGUCGAAUGGCAAUGAGCAUAUUACGCCCAAGCAGCUGGAGCGAAAGAUGCGACGCAUUUAUAAUUUGCAACGGAAGCGUAGGCGUCGUGGCGCUGGUGCUGCGGAUGCUGCUUACUCCUCGUCCAACACGGAUGAGGAGAGCAGCGAGUGCGAGAGAGAGGCACUCGAGGAUGCUGCGACCAUUGGGCGAGCGAAUGUGGAGCGACGUCGCUUCAUUACCGAGGCGCAUCUCGUCUCGGCUGCCUCCAAUUACAGUGCCGGACGCAUGCCGCAAGUUAAUGAGACACUGACGCUGUCCGUGCCACAUCCACAGAGUCUCGAUCAUGUGCCAUGUUUCUAUCGCCUGAUCUUUCAUCCGUUGGUCUUCUUCACGCUACUUUAUCAUCGCUUGAUCAAUUUGGUUGUCGCCCUGCCCGCCAUGCUGCCGCUCAGCGUGCGCUGCAGCCUGCUGGUGUUGCUCUCCUGGUGGAGCACCAUCGAGGACAGUGAACGUCAUAUGUUGCCCAUUAUUGGCUAUUAUUUGAGUUUGAGCGUCAUGCUGUGGGCCACGUGCCGCAUGCUGAAGACCAAGCAACAGUUCGUGGACUUUCGCAUCUGGUCCGGUUUGUUUCUCCGAUACGGGGACCACAACAUUGAGGCGGAGAUCUCGGAGCAGCGUUUCCUGCGCAACAAUAUGAAACCGUAUUUGUAUUACUUUUGUGCCUUCAUCUGCAAUCUGAUUGUCUACCCACUGGUCACCGAUGCCUGGCUGCCUCACUCGGAGCUGACAAUUAUCUCGGGUGCCUGCACCUUCAUUUCCCUCGGCGUCUUCAUGUACUCCUCAUCCCAAUUGCUUCCCGAUUGGCUGAUCGUUGUCUCCUUUGCCGUCAAUGUGCUCGCCAAAUAUCCAUAUGAACUGGAUGAGGUUGUGUCCACCCACUGGCGUUUCCUGGAUUUGCGUGUGCCCACCUUCUCCUCCUUUGUCAUUGGCAACGGCAUCGAAUUCUGCCUGAACUGUCGCACGGCCCUCUACCUGCUGAUACCCAUCCUGCUCGUGUUGGUGGCCAAGCGUUCCAGCUGGCAUGGCGUCUACACCUAUCUGAUACCACACUGCGUCACGCUCAGCUGGCUGCAGGUGUGCAUUGUCACCUCCCAGAGUGCCACAGUCUUUGGAGCCAUGCGUGCCGCUUUGGGUUUGGCUGGCAUCGUCCUUUUCCUGCCCCUCUUUGGCAUUGUGGCGCUGCUUGUUCCCGUGUUCGUUGCCAUCGAUAGCAUCGGUCUGACCAGCGAGCAUCUGCGCUGGGGCACCACUGCCAUCGUUUGCGCUCUGGUGGUGCUCCUCUCCUGCGUCAUGGCUGUCAACCGUGCCACCCAGAAGUACAUCACCAUGUUGCAACUGCUUAUUGGCCUGACCACGGCCUGUCUGCUGGUCUUUCCCUACAUGACGUCUAGUUUCAAGGAUACGCCACGCUUUAAUGCCAUGCCCACCGUUCUGUCCAGCCCAACUGUCGGCAUGCACUCCAUGCCAGAUGCGCUGCAAUGGGAACGCUUCUACGAGCUGUGCGCGCAUCCCGUGCAGGAGCAGCCAAAUAAGAUUAAAGCCCAACUGCGUUGCUCCCAUCUCAAUGGCAUGUAUGUGUCGUGGGAGGGCAGGGUGAAGCAUGUGCAGAUUGCACGCGUCUCGAAUAUGCUGGAGGAUAUCGUCGCCAACUAUCUGCCCACAUGGCUGGGCAAACUGUUGCGCUGUGUGCACGGAGAGAACAUUGCCCAGCGCUUCAAAUGUGAUCCGCAGCAGGAGACGCACUGCGUCGAAUGGCAACGUGUGAUUAAGACGCUCAGUGCUCAAAUGGGCCAGUGUACGCUGCAGCGCUGGAAUCGCUACGAAUACGAGCUGCUCGUCCAGGUGGCUGCCACAGGGAGUCUGCUCGGUCGCUCUGUCGCUUCGGAUGUGGUGCUGCGUGCCCACCAUGACUUUGGCAACUUUACACAGUUGCUGCAUCGAGGCGAUCGCGUUCUAUUCUAUGGCACAUUGCACAAUUCCCGCCAACUGGCGAACAAUGUGCGGGAGCACUAUGUCCUCGGCUCCAGUGCGCCACCUCAGGUGGAGCUAAAGACGAUUGAGUGUGUGGACUGCAAAUCGCCCGAUUUGGGCACAGUUAGCAUUCACCGGACUGUGUUGACGUCUCCAGUGGAUGCACGCAUGCAGGAUCUGAUGCGAGGCAUUAAAUAUCUCCUAAAUGCACUGCUCAGUCCCUUGAUUACAUUCAAAUAGAUGCCUCUAGCUCCUCAAAAUGAUAUUACUUAAGAAAUACAAAUACAGAUACAGUUUAAUUGUUAAAACUACAGUUUAA